GAUAUAUGUGGUAGGAAUACUGGGAAUAAGUAGAAUAAAAUGCUUCUGCAAAUGAAAUGGAGUAACAUGACUAGGCUGAGCUGUGAUUACAACAUGGCUCCAUGCUGUAAUUAAAGACAGGGGAGGCAAUUUGUUGGAUUCUUCAGAGACUUGUUGAAUUUAUUUCAAUGGGCAGCAUUAGCUCAGUACAGUGUGAGCCACAACACAGUAAUAGUCUUUGGUGCCAUCUUUUAUUUUCAGAUGCAUGAUAAUACAGCUUGGAGUCAUGUUUAUUACAUACCUGUUUGACUAAUGGGGAUAUUUCUUUAUUACAGCAACAACUUAAAGAAAAAAACAAAAAAAAAACAAAAAAAAUCAUCAGUGAAGUCAUGGCCAGUGCUCCCAAAGGAUGUGGCCCCAGCAUCAGCUCCAUAUAUUUCAACCUGUGUGACUUGACUAAAGUGUGGGGGGUUGUGGUGGAGGCUGUUGCUGCUGCUGGUGUGGUGACAUCCUUUGUUCUGUUCGUCAUCCUUUUGGCCUCAUUACCGUUUGUGACAAACAAGAAGCGAAAGGCUAUGGUGGCACUGCAGGCGGGCACUCUGAUCUUUACUCUGGGACUCUUUGGACUCACUUUUGCCUUCAUUGUGGAUCAGUACUCCACCAGCUGUGUUGCGCGGAGGUUCCUCUUUGGAGUACUGUUCUCAGGCUGCCUGGCCUGCCUGUUGAUGCAUGGGUUGUGGCUGGCCCUGCUAAAGCGACAAGGCCGGGGCCCUAAGAGCUGGAUGUUAUGCCUUGGAGCCCUGGGUCUGUUGCUGGUCGAGGUGAUCAUCAACACUGAGUGGCUCAUCCUCACUGUGGUCAGGAGACCACCUGGAGGUGUCAUUGACCCCAACCUGUCCUGCAACAUUGAUAACCUGGACUUUGUGAUAUCUCUGAUCUAUGUGAUGGUUCUGCUGGUAGCUGUGGUGUUGGUCGCUAUUCCCUCACUGUCACACAAGGACAAGCAGUGGCGCCGAGAUGGAGCUUUCAUCCUGGUCUCAGGGCUCUUCACAUUGGCUAUCUGGGUAGCUUGGAUUGUCAUGUACAUCUAUGGUAACAGAGUGACUGAGAAUCCUAGCUGGGAUGAUCCUACUCUGGCUGUAGCUGUCGUGUCGAAUGCCUUGGUGUUCCUCUUCCUCUACAUCAUUCCAGAGAUCUGUUUAGUGACCCAGCAGGACCCGGACGAGGAGCAGCCACCUGAUGGUGAUCAUGUUUAUCCUGCCAGGAGCCUUGUUUAUGACAACAUCCUUAAAGAGCCAGAGGCACCCCACCAGACCGUGUGCAUGGAGAAUAAAGCCUUCUCUAUGGACGAGCCUCCAACAGUACCCACAAAGCCUACGUCUCCAUAUGCUGCUUAUAAUGGACUACGAAGUUGUGUGUACCAGCCCACUGAAAUAGCCCUGAUUGCAAAGGGUCUGACUAAGAUGGACCAAGACGCGAUGAUCCCACGAGUCAGAGUGCCGUCCUCGAAUCCUGAAAGUAGCAGCUCUUUGCCUCAUUUAUCCGAGUCCUUACCCCCAUAAGGACACGAAAGACUGUUACAGCUAUGAAAUAAAUGUUGUUUGUUCUGCCACCACAGUUCCUAGUAUCAACUACUUCCCUGUUCUGUAUGUAUAAAGCUGUGUCAUAAAUCAGUAUCAGAGGCGGACUGCUUAUGAGGGCUAAUGUAUGCAUAGCCAAAAUUAUUUUCAUAUGGAAAGGUUGUAACUGAGCUCCUCUAUUUCAUUUCCAUUUUCACACUGUGGAAACAUUUUACUUCAGACUAUAAACCAGCUUUGCUCACGUGUAGCUUCACUCCGUGGACUCUUGGAAGAGUCAAUAAUCCAAGAGAAAGCGUGGCAUGAAUGUAUCUGUACAAGGAAAACUCUUCUUUACUUUUUACAUUUCUACAAAAUCUAAAUCCCAAAGUGAAACAACGUGUAACAUUUUCACUCACAACUGACCUACUGUAUGUUGGUAGUAGAGAAACAGUAGAUAAGGAUUAGGUACAGAGAGUUUAAAGGUCUGUAAUUUAACUAAGAUGUUGUUGUUGUUUUUUUGUCAGACAUUAUGAAUAAUGUUUUAUCACAGAUCUGCUGACUUGUGAUUCAGACUUCCCCUGAAAGCCAUAUGAUUUUGUUUUUGUCUUGCAUUUAUAUACAUUUAAUUUGAUGUAAGAGAUGUAAAUUUUAACUUAUUAAACCUGUAAAGGUCACUUAAAUCCUGUGUGGCUGUUGGGUGUUUGUGGGAUGGCGUAAUGCAGGAGGAAAUGUCUAACACUUAUUUACAUAUGUUGUAAACCUGUACGCAGGCAGCGAGAGUGAUGAUGUAACAAUGUUUUCAAAGAGUGACAUCUAACAAUACGUCUAUUGAGUGGAUGCACUUACAUUUUGAGUUUAGGCAUUAGAUUUGAAGGAAUAGCUCAUAAGAAAUAAAAUUUUAGAUCCUACAUAUGACUCUGAAAUAAACAUACUGUAUUCAAAAAAUUAUUAUGAAGGGACAAAUGAGCACGGUUAACUACUUAGACUUAUGAGUUAUUCCUUUUCGCUACAGGGAGAUGAACAAUUAUUCACAUUUGAUUUGUCUCUCGCACACAGACAUGCUCGCGCACGUACACACUCUGAGAGCUUCAGAGUGAGCUGUGGCUGCCUAGCAGCAGGCUGAGUAGGCUCUCUCCCA